CUUCAUUGAACAAUUCGACAUCCCCCACCAGUUCCCAUCAAUCCUCGCGGCCAUUGCACCCGGACAGGCAAUUCGCUAUGGCAAGCAGGCUUUCAUGGAGAGCGACUACGGGCUCGGUCCUUGAGCCCGUAAGGGCCCUGACCCGAGCGCGCGCCGGCCAGAUCACCCGAGCAAUAUCGGUCUCGUCUCCUCGGAUGGUUGCGGUGCCUCAGGAUUCCCCGAACCCGAGAAAAGCCCCCAGAGAGGCCAUUGAGACUCUCAAAGCGCCGGUCAUCAACCCAACAGCCAAAUACCAAAGCAAGGCGGACAAUCUUCAUCGAUACGGAACCUGGUUGAUGGGGUGUCUCCCCAAAUACGUCCAGCAAUUCUCUGUGUGGAAGGAUGAACUCACCAUCUACAUCUCUCCAGCUGGGGUUAUACCGGUCUUUUCUUUCCUCAAGUACAACACUGCUGCAGAGUUCACCCAAGUUAGCAGCGUCACCGCAUGCGACUACCCGACACGCAGUAAUCGAUUCGAAGUUGUUUACAACCUGCUCUCCGUGCGAUACAACUCUCGAAUUCGCGUCAAGACUUACGCCGACGAAUCAUCGCCUGUGCCAAGCAUCACCAGCCUGUUCAGCGGUGCUAACUGGUAUGAACGGGAAGUUUACGACUUGUACGGCGUCUUCUUCACCGGUCACCCUGAUCUAAGGCGAAUCAUGACGGACUACGGAUUCGAGGGUCAUCCUCUGCGGAAGGACUUCCCUCUCACCGGCUACACUGAAAUUCGCUACGACGAGGAAAAGAAACGGAUUGUCACCGAGCCUUUGGAGCUUACGCAGGCUUUCCGAAAUUUCGAGGGCGGAUCUAGUGCUUGGGAGCAAGUUGGAACAGGCGAAGAUCGCAAACCCGAAACUUUCAAACUACCUACCCCCAAACCGGAAGAGAAGCAGUAGAUGUAUUGCCUGAAAACACCUAUUAAAUCAGGCAUGCAUACUCUUCAGAUGUUACAAACUCAAUUAAUUGUUGAUUUUCGACUGUGUUAUGUGAUAUCAC